GAUUUUGGUAUUUUCGUCGCCUAAUUUCCUGUGGUCUUUGUACGGUGAAGAAUCUAAUUAAUUCCUUUCGGUGUCUUUUCAAAACAAAUGUGACGGCAAAAACCACCACCGAAAACAAGAAGUGUACCCAUAAGCAUAUACACACACAUAUUCUUAAAUAUAUAUUCACACACACACAUAUGGUGAUAAUGAACACAAAAUUAAAUUAAUAAGUGCGUGAAUUUUUUUUUUUUUUAAUUGGUAACUUGACAUAAUACUGUAUAUAGUUGUCCUCAGAUUUCAGAAUAUGUCGUAAAGACACAAGUAAUGCCGUUUAGUAUAUUUUCUGAUAUCAGUAUUCGAAACAUGAUCUGUUGACGUCAAACGAUAUUACUCAUUUGAUCAGUAGUUACCCAAACUUCAGGAGCAGCUAGACAAAUGGUGUUGAGAAUAAUACUGCGAUACCUGCUACACAAUGAACAACUUGUACAAAAACUAUCGGAGAGCUAUCCUAUACGACGCAGCGCCCAGUUAGUUGCCUAUAUCUUCCUGAGAGGAAAAGAGAAAGGACUGGAAAGUAUUGAAAAAUUAAAAGACCACGAUUCUGUUUCGCCAAAACGAUUACAAUCCUUCACAAAAACUUUCCAAGAGAAACUGCAGGAAGGCAUCAGAGAAUGGAAGCAAAAGAAUCCAUAAUUUUUUUAUAUAGUUUUGAAACCCAAAGCCUUUCGUAUUUAAUUAAUAUUUAGUUAUUUCUACCAUUAUCAAAUCAAAAGAACCAAAUAAAAAUGCAAAUGAAGUUUUUA